AUGCAUUCAGAUGAGCUGAUUUUCUCGUCUGAGAUGGUAUUCUUACUCACUUCUAUUCCAACUGGUUUUGCUGUAAGCACUAUUGACGAGCUUCUUGCCGAUAGGUUUGGGGACGAUGACCAGCAACUUAACCGACAGCACGUUACCGAACUGUUGAAAUUGAGCGUCAGUACUUUUUUCAAGUUCAACGACCAGGUCUAUGAACAAAAGAAGGAAACCCUGAUGCGCUCCCCUCCUGUCGGGGCUUAUUGCCGAGGUGGUCCUGAAGAGGCUCGAGCGACUAGUCUUACCUACUUGCUGUCCAAAACUUGGACAAGUUUCGUACAUGAAAAUAUGCAUUCCUGUGGUGCAGCAGCCAACAUUGAACACAUGCCAAAUAUCAAGUUUGUAGUUCUGACUGACCUACCUGCAAAUAGGGAUGACUGGUUUGGUUGCAUUGCUCUUUUGGCACGCUUGUCCGCCAUAAACAACCAGGACAAUUAA